AUGUUUUUGAAACGUCUUCUCAAGAAGCGAUUCCGUCUGAGCAGUGAACCUGAUGCGGAAUCAGAACCGAGGACUGCCCACAGUACUUCUUAUGUUGAACAUAAGUUGGGGAUCCAUGAAUUGAAGGGGAUUUACAAGGAGAGUUUUAUAAAUGCGGAACAGCCCGAGCAAAGUGACGGACUGAGCAUCGCUGUGGCAAGGUGGGACCCUAAAUUAACUUGCUUUUUAAUUUUUUUCAUAGUUAUAAUCUAGGGCAUCUAAGUUAAUAUUAAGUUUAGGAAACGGUACGACUCAGAUGGGCCCAAUAUUGUCGAUGAUGCCAAAGCUCCAAAACGAUGGAAUUUCCUGUUGAACAAGCACUUCUACAACUUCUGGAUCCUCCUUUCCGGCGCGACCGUCCUCAAUAUCAUCGCUUACAUCCUCGAGCGAACGGAUCAGAAAGAAAACAACGCGUUGACAAUCGCUACAGCCGUUACUUUAGUCUUGGCAGUCAUCUCCAUGAUCUUGUUGUCUUUCUGGCAAGAGAGGAGGUCAAUUAAUAUUGUGAAUACUACCAAAAGAUUUAUUGGGAAUUACUGUUUUGUGGUAAGAGAUUGCGACACAAGAUGUGUAUCGACAAAAGAGUUGGUGGUUGGAGAUCUCUUGCAUAUAAAUGCUGGGCAGAGAAUCCCAGCAGAUGCGAGGCUGAUCUUGGCAAAUGAUUUGUUCAUUGACGCAUCGAUCAUCACUGGAGUCAAAGACAAACAACAUUAUACUUGUGAUGCAGUUGGGGAUGAUGUUAAUCCCUUUGAAGCAAAGAACAUUGCGUUCCAGGGCACUUAUGUCACAGAUGGAGACGGUCUUGGACUGGUGAUUCGGACUGGGAGAAAUACCGUAAGACGUCUUCUGAAUUAUUUCAUUUUUAGUUUCUCGGAAACACGGCGGAGAUCCAGGAACAUGCGAGCAGGACUAGUUUAUUGGCCAAGAAUAUUAAGGAAGCGGUGGAUAAUAUCUGCAUAUGGGCGCUGAUUAUGUCAGUUGCAGCUUUUGUCAUCGGAAUUGUGGUUAAUGAGUAAGAACACACUUCAAGCAACCAAUUACCGUAUUAUUAUAUAGAUUCACAAAUGUCCUUUAUUACUUUAUUAUUGGAUUCCUGGUUGUCCUUGUUGCCGCCGUUCCUCAAGGAUUACCUCCGGCAAUCAUGUGUCAUUUGGCCAUCAUAGCCAAAAGAUUAUCGCUGAAACAUAUUUGUAUUCGAAAUCUGGACGUUAUUGAUGAACUGGGGGCGGCGACUGUUUUAUUCACUGGCAGAGCUGGAAUUCUGACAGAAAACAAAUUAACAGUCAUCAAUUUAUGGUAUAAUCAACAGGUCCAUCAUGGUGAGCAUGAUCCAUAAUUACAUUCCAGUUUUAAUUUUAGUUCCUCUCACCAAAUCUGCUAUCAAAGAGAUCCGGAAAAAGUCGAGCCAUCAGCCGCCGUCUCUAAAUCUGAUGCAUUCUGUGAUGGGAGUCUGUAAUCGCAUAUUCAAAUUCCAUGAACUCCCUUCUUUUGCCGUGAGAAAAGCCUUUAUUCACACUCCAGAAACAAAGUUUGAAGACGAGACGGUGACCAUUGGAAGAAGUGUGCAAUUCCAAGCAGAUCUAGUCACAAUUCAUAAUAUAAAUGAUGAAUAUUUGGAUACAAGACACACUGCUGACUUCACCGUGGAGAUGAAGAGACAUGGAUUUAACAGUACUGUGGAUGCUGCGAUCUACGGGUACCUCAAAAAGGCAAAUGUCUCAAUUCUGGAGCUUGGACAGACUUACAAAGUAAUUACUUCUACUUUCAACAAAUUUAACUGUCAAAGUUUUUAGCCGAUAUUUGAAAUUCCGUUCAACGCCAACCGAAAAUGGCAAUUGAUCGUUGCAAAAUGCCAACGGCCAGUUGAAUGCAAACUCUUUCCGUUGGACUGUGAUGACAAAGAUGUGUAUGUGGUGAUGAUGAAAGGAGCUCCAGAUGAGAUUCUCAAAAGAUGUAACGAAUAUACAUUUGAGGAUCAGAUACGCAAUAUCAGCCAUGACUUCAUUGCAGAGUGUGAUGUGAGCCGAAAUUUCUUAAUUUGAACAUUUUUCAUUUUAGGCCACCGCCGAAGCCUUCCGUCUAAAAGGCUGUCCAGUUAUUUCAUUUGCCAUGAAAUUCUUUACAUCCGAAAAAGAUGUAAAACCGAAGAAUCUGGAAGAUUUGGCGUCUCAGAGUAACCUGACCUUCAUUGGAAUGGCCUCACUGAAUGAUCCGCCCAGAAAUGACACUCCCGCGGCAAUAAGUACUUGCAAACAGGCUGGAUUAAAGGUUUAUCUCAUCACUGGGGAACAUCCAAUGUCAGCGCUAGCCUUGGCUUGUCAAAUUGGCCUGGUUCAAAGCGACAUCGACAAUAUCAAAAUAAAUUUUGACGAUGAAAACUUUGAAGUCCAUUAUGGAGAUGAUUGGGCUGUUGUGAGGAGUGGAAGAUUGAACCAAAUGUCGAGUAAAGAGUUGGGAAUGAUCUUUGAAAGGCCUUAUAUCAUCUUUUCAGAGUGAGAAAUAUUAGGUUGUAUAAUAUGUUAUGACCAUUUUCUUGCAAAAGUUUGAAGUCGAUUAUUUCCUAGCUCAGAUCCCUCCUUAGUUCAACAUACCUAUAGACUAAUAGAGGGCUUAUCGAAGUUUCAUCUAGUGCGUAUUGCAAAGUCUUACGGCAUAGCCGCAAUUUUCUAUUGCUAAAAACGCGGAAGUGCCCCGAUUUUGGCAGGGUUCGAAACAACUCAAGUCACGUCUCUCUGCCAGCCGCUGCUGGUCUCGGAUUGGUGUUAUUGUAAUCUUCAAGGGUCGUAGAAGGCGCUGACACGGCAUCGUUACUAGGUAGCAGUGACAACUCAUUUUAUGAGCUGUUUUUCCGGAAGGUUACCGAAGCCGUCGCCUGAAAAGGCGUCUAAAAAGUUUAGCGCCCGGGGUUUCUGUUGUAUAUUGUUAUAACUCGUAGUAAUACGAGAUCACAUACCUGUUGUCACACCAGGCAAAUUUUGGAGCAUGCAGUAAUUGGAACCUCCAGAAAAAUUUAAGAAUUAGCAGAAUUUUUGAUGAUCCAAUUGAGUUUCAAUUUUUUAGAACUUAACCGCCGCAAACUAUAAGAACAUAUACUGUCGUUUUCGCCGAGGUAUGUAGUGUACAUAACCACCAAAAACAGCUCUUCACAAGAUGGCGCUAGCGCGUACUCAAUAAAUGUUUUGAACUCUAGUCCAGCGGCCCGCAAAAUGUAACGCUUUGAAUGAAAUUCCUUAUUGUCACCAGAUACAAGCAGUUUCUGAUUUGAGUAGGUUAUCAAAACGCAACUCAUAAGUGACUCUUUACGGCUGAACCACGUUAUUUGAGGUGGGAUUAAUUCGAAACGAAUCAGGGUGCAUAACAAUGAAGGUAUACCUCAAUUUAUAUUUUGAACAGUAAAGCUCAGGUGGGGGACGCAGAGUUAAUCCUGCGCAGCGUAUUUAAAAAGGACGCCUCUAGUGCCCUACAGAAGCAUUGUCAUUACCAGCCUCUCAGAAUUCUCAGAUUUAAGGCGUAUUUUUGCUUUAGCACCUUGGGAUGCCCUCAUUUCUUAAUUUCUUUUCUCCGAUGCUUUAGCCAGAAGCCGAUGUGCUACUGGUUCCUGUAAUCUACUGUCUCCACCCUACCCAGCGGUAUGCUAUUCAACUCUGAAAAAAGCAUCAUUAAAGUUUUAGUAAUUUUAAAAAAUUAUGGUCAUAACUUAUUAUACAACCUAAUACACUUAACAAAGAAUCACUGUUUAGAAUCACAUCGGCUCAGACUUUAUUCUUGGUCAAGGAAUGUCGAAAGCAUGGACAGGUUGUUGCACUAACUGGUGGAGCAGCCAAUGACGCCCCGGCACUGGCCAAAGCAAAUGUCGGAAUAUGUUCCAAAGAGUUUAGCAAGUUAUCGUAGUUAUAUUAUUAUAUAAUAUAAUGCAUUACAGUCUGUAGUUUGAGAUGAAUCUAAAAAUCAAAGUUUCAGGUACUGAUGUUGCUCGAAAAACCGCGGACAUUAUCCUCGAAUAUGACGGCCUCCCAGCUAUAAUUGAGGCAAUGGGAGAAGGUCGAACCUUGUUCAAGAACAUGCAAUUGGCAGUAGCCUAUACACUUGCUCAUUUAUUCCCUGAGGUCUUCCCGAUUAUUCUCAAUUUCAUCAUCGGAUUACCCCUGGGAUUGUCUCCAUUACAAGUAUUGAGUAUUGAUCUGGCCUGUGAACUCUUGCCUUCGAUUGCAUUAGCAUUCGAAAAACCCGAAGAAGAUGUUUUGAAAUGCCCGCCGAGGUCGCCGAAACAGAAAAUGGUCAGCUACAGUUUGAUGGUCUACUCUUAUUUUUGCAUCGGAGUCAUCAUAACACUUGGAUGUUUCGUGGCUUAUCUGACGGUUUAUUAGUAAGGAUUUCCUGUUCUCAAAAUAUGAAUUAUUCUUAUUUAGUCAUCACGGGAUUCCUCCGGAUACUCUUCCCUUUUCUCGCACUGAUUUCUGGCACGGUGAAGCCGAGAAUCUGACCUCCCCACUAACUGGAGUCGUCUUAUAUGCCGAACAUCAGAUGGAAGUCCUUGGCCAAGCCUCAGCGGCCUACCAAAUGACUCUGGUUAUCGCUCAAGUCUUCCAUAUCUUCACUUGCACAACAAAAAGGACUUCGGUCUUCCAACGAAUGCCCAGUUCAGCUCUAAUUUCGACCGUUUUUAUUGAAAUCGCCAUUUUGUUUGUCCUGUUUUACUUUCAAUUCACUCGAGAAUUGCUCGGAGUCAGUGUUCCACCAUUAUUUUCGUGGAUUUAUGGCCCGGCCGUGGGAGUUGUGAUAGUCGUAUUCACUGAGAUACGAAAGUAUUUCAUUCGAAAUGCCUCGAAAAACGAAUGGUACCGAAAACUGGAGUUCUAG